CGACGAUGCGCGCGCCGAGCUCGGCGGGGCGGGCGCGCGGCGCGGCAGUGUGUGUCCGCGGACGCAGCGAACUGUUUCUGCUUCCUCCGCCGGGACGAGCGUGCCCCGUGUUGCGAUGAAGCAACACAGUCAUCUAUUGAUAAAGAAAUAUAAUGCUAAAACUACCCAAAGGCCUUAAAAAGAAGAAAAAAGGGAAGAAGUCAAAACGUAAAGGAGAGGACGAGCUAUUUACAGAAGAAGAACUAAAAAAAUAUAGAAAAGAACACCAGCAGGCAACAGAAGCUGGUGAAGGUUCUAAAGAGAAUGAAGAGUGGUCCAAAUUCAAGGACUUGACGACCGGUGUCGAUGAUAUCCUAAAGAAAACACAAGGAGACCUAGACCGCAUAAAAUCAACUUCAUUCUUUCAACGAGUUGCGCCUAAAAAGGAAGAAGUUGAGAAACCCAAACCAACCCCUCAUAGACCAGUUGUCGAAGUAACUGAGGCUGACUUUCCGCAGUUAGUACAGGCGGCUGCAGCGGCGGCUGAAACAGACGACCAUAGCGAAUACGGAGUCACAGAUGACGAAUCCGAAGAGGAAGAUCAGGACGAUAUUUUCGAUACCUCGUAUGUAGAGGCCGUCGAACGCGGAGAGGUCAAACUAGCAUAUGUGCCAGACUCACCCGAAGAGUUUCAGGAUGAUGACAUUUUCGACACCUCGCAUGUUGAUGCUUUAAUCAAAGGACAAGAAGCAAAAACCUUCAAAGGGAAAAAAGCUUUGGAUAUUGGCGUAGCUGUAGAAGUCCUUACAGGGAGAAUAGACAAUGUUGCAAUAAGAACUACUAAGAGGCCAAAAAGAGUUAUUCCUGGAGAUCUUUUGCUAGAGAGUGUAGAUAAGGAUUUACCGGUUUCUGAACCAGUAGUUGAAUCUGGUGAAAAAAGUAUUUUGGAUACUGACGCUGACAUUCCCAUUACAACACCUAUAGAUCUCAGUGUUUCACUUCAUACAUCUUUGAUACAAAAAAAUAAAAAAGAUUACGAAAAUGAUUUGCCUGGUUUUGAUUAUGAAAAAGAUCAACAAGUGAAUAAAGAAGAGGAAUUAGAUGAAUUUGCAUUAUUAGCUGCAGAAUCAUUGGAAGUCGGUUCUACUGUUAUAAAGGUACAAGAAAACGAAAUUAAACUUGAACCCGUCUUACAAGAGUCGUGGUCAGCAUUUGAGGCCGACAAAAACGAAUCAGUAUUUGCAGAGUGCAUUGUCGAAGAUCAAAUUGAUGUGAUUGAUCCAUAUAUUGGUCAAGACGAUCCAUUUGAUACAAGCUUUGCGGAAGCUGUAGUUCCUACUACACAAAAAAGCAAAAAAGAAGCUGAUAUCUUAGAAGACGACGACGAUUUCGACCCACGUGCGGAUGAAGUUCGUGUAAAAUUAAAUAACAGAAGGAAAUCUUCAGUUCGAAUCCACUUAACAAAUCCCUCUGGUUUGAGAGAAUCUAUAACAUCUGAUGAUAUUGUAGACCGAGAAGAGAAUAUACCUUCUCGUGAUUUAUUGAGUGGGAGUACAACUGAUUUAACACAAUUAGGAGAUACGGUUUUAGAUCCGGUUGAUUUAAAUAGUGAUGAAAUUGAUCCCUUUGACACUACCAUAGUUGACAAGAUUGUUGCACCUGGAAAGGUAGAAUUGAAACUUUUAGAACAAGAACUCAUUGGAUCAACACCAGUUGUUCCUAUUUAUAGAGUGGACAGUGAUCCUGAUUUCGAUCCUAGAGCAGAGGAACCCAAAAAAGAAGAACGACGAGCAUCCCGCCCAGAAAAUCUGGUUGUGAGCAAAAGUGUAGUUUUUAAUAUUGAAAGUGAAGACACUCUUGAUUUGGACAAUAAAGGAAAAAUUGUUAAACCACUGACGCCCUAUUAUACCCGAGAAAUUUCUAUUACAGAAGAUAUUAAUGAAGAUAUUGAGGCUGCUGAUACUAUAUCUGAAUCUUUGACUCGAACUCGGUCUGAUGAAGAGUUAGCUCCCAAAACAAAUUACCAAGCUAAAAGAAGACAUUCUGAAUAUCCACAGUCAAGUCAUUCAAAAGUGAAUGUAAAAGCGAAUGAUCUUCUUAUAAGUAGGCAAGACGAAAUCGCUGCGAAAGUUUUGACUCCUUAUGAUCCUCAGCCAUCGGAAGAGGUAGACAUUGAUCCGUUUGAUACGUCAUUCGCUAGUAAUAUCGCUCCUUGUAAAACAGAGUUAAAACUUUUAGCUAAAGAAUUUUCUUGUGAAAAUACAGACGAUCUAGAGAAAGAAGAACAUACGGUACUAUUGGAAUCUUCAGAUGAUAUUUUUCAAGUGAAGGCUUUAACUCCAGAACCUACAGGAUCUCUAAAAGUACAAGAAGAAGAUUUCGAUCCCUUUGAUACGUCCUUUGCUGGUGAUCUUAAUCCAGGAAGGACUGAAUUGAACAUGAAUGAGCCAGCUGCCCCGGUUAGCUCAGAUGUUUUGAACCCAUUUAUGAUGACAGACGCAGAACCAGCAGCAUUUACCGGGGACAAUCCAUUUGCCACAAGUAAUCCAUUUUCAGACUUUGGGGGAGGCUAUGAGCCACCAGUUGGGGACACAGUGCCUGUUGAUAUAUUUGGAUCUGCCGAACCUUCUAGUGUUGGUGCUAAGCAAUACGACGAUUUUACAGUAAAUACCACAAGUACUUUUGAUGUUUUCGGAGCCCCGCCAGAUGAAGCCGACCGCCUGGUGAAACCAACGGAACUAGAACUAUCGACUACUACCGCUGAUGUCACAUAUUCCGAUGGCUUAGCCAGUCUACCCAUGCCUCCUAGACCUCUACCUCCGGAAACACAAAAUUUGAUUCUCAGUGUCACUGGUCAAAUGGAAUUUGCAAGUUCACAUUUGUUGGACCGCAUCCCGCCGACACGAACACCGAGUCCUGUUUCAGUACGAGAUAUACACUCACCCAGUCCUACGCCAGAACCAGAUAUGGAUUUGGAACCGGACCCACCGAUAGAUAAUUUUGAUAUCAACCGUAAUAAACCAGUACGCCCUCCACCAGCGAGACCUCCACCUGCCACUCGCCCUCCGCCUCCACGUCCCGCGCCACCACCCGUGCCGCAGCCACCAAAAGUUCCGCCACUACCACAGGUACCUCAACCACCGCAACAGAAUGCGGUCACUGAUGACAUCAAUCUGUUUGACGCGCCUGUGCCUGUAACAGUGAAACCCACAAAGGAGGCUAUAUUGAGUUUGUAUUCAGCGCCUAAGAAAGAAGAAAAGCCAAUCGAUUUUUUAAGCGAUGACAUUCUUGAUGUUGUACCUAUUGACAAACAUGAGGAAAUUGUAGCUUCAUCGCCAGAUCUUAAAACGACCACAGAUAGAGUUAGUGAAAAAUCUACUCCGGUGGCUACAGUUACGGCAGAUCCAGUAGGAAAUAUAUUUGCCACAUCCGUGGAACCAACAGCAGAUACCAUGUUUGCAGCCCCUGUGAAUGAGGAAGUAAACAAUAUCGCUCCCAUGGACUGCUCUGAAGCCCCGUCUGAAGGCACGCCCCAAGCUAUGGAAUCUUCCCCGUUUGCAGAUACUGUUUCAAACAUUGAGUUUCAAAACAGAAGAUUGAGUGGAGCUGAGAAAAAUCCAUUUGAAGAUGUAGGCGGCCUUGAUAAAACAACUUCAUUUUCUACUGCGACGACAAAUAUUUUUGGCGUUGACGCAAAGAUUAGUUUUGAAACUAAUACCAACGUAAUUGAUUCACAAAACAAUGGAACUGAAAUACCACAGGCAACAGAGAUGGACUUUACUCAGAAUAUCUUUAAUUCCUCUGCUAAUGACGCGUUCUCCAUCAAUGAUUAUUCGAACACUGGAGAUGCGUUCAUGGGAGCUCAGGAAACACAGCACGCUGACUGUGGUUGGGGCACUGAUUCCCAAGCUAUGGUUCAAGAUGCAUUCCCGGAAAGUCAAGAUGCUUUUGACGCAUUUUCUGCCAAGUUUGACUCCACAAGCGCCAAUCACUUCAAUACGGGUGCGUGGGGAGAUGACGCGGAGUCGGAGGAAACGCCAGCAGGUUUCGAAGCGGAAGCAUUCGACCCGUUCCUAAGUAUGGGCGCUCCUCCCCCGCCGGCCGCCACGCCCCGCCUUGACCAUCAGGGUUCUGCGGAUUCUGCUGAUGACACAUUCUCUGUUUUUAUAAGACCUAAAGAAAGCGAGACAAGUGGAGAAGAGCCGGCGGUCCCCGUGCUGGCGCCCCCGCCGCGGCCGCAGGUGCUACCGGACUCUCCUCGCGCCAACCCCUUCGAGAAGAGCGGCUUCCAAGCACCUGUGCAUGAUGUUCAACACCAAGCAAUGGACGAGAGACGUCGCUCGGGAAGCGGUGGCGAGACUCCGCCCACGCCGCUGUUCGACGAGGACGUGUCGGUGCCCCUGGAGGAUUUCCCUCGCACUGUGUACAAGGGGCCUGGCUGGGAGAUGCAUCUCCGACAACCUAACAAGAAAAAAAUCACCGGGCAGAGGUUCUGGAAGAAGGUAUUCGUGCGGCUGGCGAUGCAGGGCGAUUCCCCGGUAGUCCAGCUGUUCAACGCGGCCGGAGACAAGGAGCCGUUCCAGGAGUUGCCUCUACAGGCGUGCUACUCCGUGUCGGAGGUCGGGGCGCAGCAGUUUGACCAGUUCGGCAAGAUCUUCACCGUCAAGCUGCAGUAUGUCUUCUACAAAGAGCGACCAGGUGUCAGGCCGGGGCAGGUGCGCAAGGCGGAGCGCAUCACCAACAAGCUGUCGCAGUUCGCGGCGUACGCCAUCCAGGGCGACUACCAGGGCGUCAAGGAGUUCGGCAGCGACCUGCGCAAGCUGGGCCUGCCCGUCGAGCACGCGCCGCAGGUGUCGCAACUGUUUAAGCUGGGUUCCCUGAAUUACGAGGACGUGAAGCAGUUCUCUAGCUGUAUAGAAGAAGCGCUGUUCCGCUUGCAAGCGCACCGCGAUCGAGCUCUUACCUACAAGAUGGAAGAGGUGCAGAUUACGGCGGUGGACGAGCUGUACGUGGAGCAGGACGCGGAGGGCUCCGUGCUCAAGCAGAUCGCGCGCGUCAGGCUCUUCUUCCUCGGCUUCCUCAGCGGGAUGCCGGACGUGGAGCUGGGGGUGAAUGACCUGCGCCGGCAGGGUAAGGAGGUCGUGGGCCGCCACGACAUCAUCCCCGUCGUCACCGAGGAGUGGAUCCGCGUCGAAGACCAGCUGUUCCACGCCUGCGUCCAGCCAGAGGAGUUUAACAAUACGCAGAUCAUCAAGUUCAAGCCGCCGGACGCGUGCUACAUCGAGCUGAUGCGGUUCCGCGUGCGCCCGCCCAAGAACCGCGAGCUGCCGCUGCAGCUCAAGGCUGUCUGGUGCGUCACCGGGAAUAAGGUGGAGCUGCGAGCGGACGUGCUGGUCCCGGGUUUCGCGUCCCGCAAGCUGGGGCAGGUCCCGUGCGAAGACGUCUCCAUCCGCUUCCCCAUCCCCGAGUGCUGGAUCUAUCUGUUCCGCGUCGAGAAACACUUCCGAUACGGCUCCGUCAAAUCUGCGCACAGACGCACAGGAAAAGUGAAGGGUAUCGAGCGGUUUUUGGGUGCCAUUGACACGCUUCAGGAGUCGCUGAUAGAGGUGACGUCGGGGCAGGCAAAGUACGAGCACCAGCACCGCGCCAUCGUGUGGCGCAUGCCCCGCCUGCCCAAGGAAGGACAAGGCGCCUACACAACGCACAACUUGGUGUGUAGGAUGGCUCUGACUUCUUACGAUCAGAUACCCGCAGAACUAGCAAGGUUCGCGUUCGUGGAGUUCACAAUGCCGGCCACGCAGGUGUCCCAUGUGACCGUGCGCUCCGUCUCGCUACAGAACCAUGACGCUGAUCCACCAGAGAAGUACGUACGGUAUCUCGCCCGACACGAGUAUAUUGUGGGCAUCGAGCGCACAACGGGGCAGACCGCGCCGGCGUACGCCGUGGCCGCGCUGGCGGACCCCGCGCCCGCGCCCGCGCCCGCGCCCGCCCCUGCCCCGGCGCCGCAGCCGCCAUCUUCCGACUCCGACUCGGAUUAAAUUAAAAAAGCGAUACCUGAUGCUAAUAGGAUAUGUACACUGAAGACACUUCAAAUACAUAUCUAUAGCGAAAAAUAUACACGCAAUUGAAGUUAAUUCUCUAGUUGUGUCUGUUUUUCGUAGGUAAUUUAUCAGGCAGACUAUAAAGUAGGUAUUGGUAUGUAAUGGUGUGUCAUAGUUACUAUUACGAACGAAACUUGCUUAAGCCAAACAUCGACAGAAAUGACACCACAUAAAAGGCAGUAUAGUCAAGGAUUGUACAUAAUAAUAAAAAUAUAUAAAUAACUUUAUAGACUUCUAAAUAAUAAAGAGAAUUCCUUUGAAAUAAGCUAAGUAUUGUAUUGUAUGCUUUCGGACGACAUCCCACCGCUGCCACCGAUGGUUAAAGUUUUGAAGCACCGAGUUACACUCGCACCUCCCCAUUAUGUUAGGUAAUUAUAUAUAUAGAGCAUUGCCACAAUAAUUUAUAUUAAGUAUUAGGUAUUUACAAAGGAAACAUUUAUUAAAGAAAAUAUUUCAUUCAUAUACCUAGUUAAUUUUAACAAGUCGAGUAAAUAUUUAAUAAUAAUGUAAUAUCAAUAUAUCUUAAAUGUAAGAAAUUAUAUAUUUAUAGUAAAAUAAUGUUGAGCCAGCUUUGAGAUACCCAUGUUCCAUAUUCCAUUAGUUCGCACAAAAAUAUAAAUUAAUGCAUUCUGGUAGAUAUGAAAUGAGAAAAUAUAUUGUAUAAAAAUAGGUAUGUAAUAAUUGAAUGAUUAGCACUAGACAAUUGUUAUGAGCUUCAUCAUUUAAAUAAAAUAACCUUCCAAAGAUAAUAAUAUGUGUUGUGUGGGUAUAAAGUUAAUAUUCAUAAUCUACCUAUAUCCUAGAGUUGCAGUAGCAUUACCUGACGAUGAUACAAUCCAACUUUGCUUAUGGCUCCAAAAGAAAGCCUUACGUAUGGUGUUGUGCAAAAGCGUGUCUGAGCUGGACGGGGACAGGGUGGGGAGUCGGAUCUUAUUACCUGCGAUUGUGAUAUUAUGAUCCCGUAUAGCUUGUGUAUAGUCGGCAUGUUAUCAAAUAAUCAUAUUAUUAAAGCAAUAAAGUUAAUAUCUAUGCGUAUUUAUGGAGGGCAGUUUUAUUUGGUGCAUAAAAAUUGUUUGUACCAAAUAAACUCCCAAUGUGUUAUUGGCCGGGUAUUGUGAAUUGAUAAAAAAGAGAUGUCGCUAUAUUACGCUAUUAUGAAAAUGUAAAACAUUUUAUGAAUAUUAUCAUUAGCUCGUAAGAUAUUUUACGUUGUUUUAGUCGUUUCUGUAUGGCGAGUAGGACUUCGUUUCACUAGUCACUGUUAAUUUUUCUAGUCAGUCCAAAUAAAGUAUCAAUAAAUUGAUGUAUCUAUCUACUUAAAUUGUUAAACUUAGGACACCUGUCCCUAUUGUUAGAACAUGUUGUAUAAUAUACUUAAAACAAUAAUAAACUAUGUAUUUGACGUAGAAAAUAUGAGUGCACACACGCAUACAUUAAUGAAUAAUACAAAAAUAAAUUAUAUUUAUGGUUAGUGUUACAGUUUAGCUCGUACAGAUGUGUAAGGCGUGUGGCGUGUGUACCUAGUACUACAAGCGAACCCAUGUUUUGUUGUCAAUAAAAUACUAUGACCGUCUAA